AUGAACAAACCUGGAUCUAAAACCAAAACAAAAUCUAGACCGGCUUCUAUUCCCAGCUGUGAGUCUCCGAAGAGCAACGAGCCCAAAGAGGCAAUAAUCGACUCUAAAAGGAGGAAACUGGACAAAUCUGGAUCUCAAACCAGACCUGGUCCCAGCUGCGAGUCUCUGAAGAGCGACAGGUCCAAAGAUCCAAUACUCGACUUUAAAAGGAGGACAAUGGUCAAACCUGGAUCUGAAACCAAAAGAAAGUCCAGUUCUGGACCUGAUCCUGGUCCCAGCUGUGAGUCUCUGAAGAGCGACAGGUCCAAAUUGUGGCCAAUCAACUUUAAAAGGGACUCGAACCCUCACCCUGCUCUGAGCUGUGGCUCCAGCCUCAGUGACAGCUCUAAAGACUGGGACGAAGAGUUUAAGAACAGUCCACCUGAGAACAUGGGAGCGGAGAGCAGCACGGAUCAACUCGGUAUAGACCCGCUGCUCCCAGUCUUCACGCGGCUGCAGGAGAAGGUCCUGGGCUUUGCCAAAGAGCAGGUGCAGAGCUUCCACCGGGCCCUGAACUCAGAUUACCCAGAAUGCUCAGAGAGAGUGGCGGAGGAGCAGCGCAUCAGAGAGGCCCUCCUGACCAUCGCACUGCACUUCCUGGAGAGGAUGGGGGAGGGGCGAGUGGCCGAGCGUCUGUUCAGCCAGAGUGCGGCUGGAGUUUGCAGAGAUCAACUGCAGCAGCUCGUCAGCUCCUCUGCUCUGAAACAUCUGGACCUCAGUCACUGCUUCCUCACAGACUCUCAGGUGGAGAAGCUGUGUUCUGGACUGAAGAGCGCCACCUGCAGACUGGAGGUCCUCAGUCUGUCCUUCUGUCGUCUGUCUCAUCUCUGCUGUGAGUCUCUGGCCUCGGUCCUCGGCUCCUCUGCUCUGAAACACCUGGACCUCAGUAACAAUGACCUCACAGACUCAGGAGUGGAGCAGCUGUGUUCUGGACUGAAGAGCGCCACCUGCAGACUGGAGGUCCUCAGACUCUCAGGAUGUGUGGUCUCUGAGAGGGGCGGAGCUGCUCUGGCCUCUGCUCUAAGCUCCGCCCACUCUCAUCUGACAGAGUUAGACCUGAGCUACAACCAUCCAGGAGCCUCAGCAGAGGUCCUGACCGCUGUACGGGACCACCCCCACUACCCCCUGCACACACUCAGGCUGGACCCGGCUGGAGAGAGGUGGAUGGUCACAGGUCCAAGGAAGUACUUCUGUGACGUCUCUCUGGAUCCAAACACGGCCAAUAACACUCUGCAGCUGAGUGAGGACAGAAGGACAGUGACCAGAGUGGAGGCGCUGCAGCUGUACCCCUCUCACCAGGACCGCUUCAGCUCCUGCCCACAGCUGCUGAGCUCCACCGCCCUCACAGGACGCUCUUACUUUGAGGUGGAGUGGAGCGGAGAUGUAGUUAUAGCACUGAGUCACAGAGGAAUCGGACGCAGAGGAGACCUGGACCAGUGUCGCUUUGGGGACAAUGAUCAGUCCUGGAGUCUGAGGAUCGAAGGAGACGAGAUGUCUUUUUAUCAUUGUAAAAGUAAAACACAACUGGACAAGAACUACUACUCCCCACAAAGAGUAGGUGUUUUCCUGGACUCUGAGGCUGGAGUUCUGUCUUUCUCUAAGGCUUAUGAUUAUAAUAAAUACUGGUACCGCCUCCACUCCGUCAGCGUGUCCGUCUCAGAGCCGCUGUUUGUUGGGUUCAGUCUGGAGCGUCCUGGUUCCUCUGUGUCUCUGCUGAACUCUGACGACUUGAGGAAACUCUAA